UUCGAACUUGAGACUCAGUUGUUAAACGGCUUUUCGAGUGAGCGGUUGCCAGUGGUCUUGUUUGUCGAUUUAUGGUUGGGCUGUUUUGAGUGCGACUUUGUUGGUGACGAUUGUAACCCAACAAAGAACACUUAAAAACAAACAAGAGACAAAAAGCCCCUUGGCAAAUAUUUUUAAGUUAAACUUUUAAAUCUUUGAAAUAUUUGCUUGAACUGCAAUCGGAUUUCUUAUCAGAAUACACAUUUUAUACAGUGCUAAAGAUCAGUUCAGUGCCAUAUCAUCUGACGUCUCAUCUAUUUCAUUCUGACCGCGAGUGAAUGUAAAUGCUUCUAAGAAUAUUUUUUUAAUUACGAAAUUACGCUGCUGUUCAAUAUGAAAAAGUACACUGCGGUUUUAGCUGUCGUCUGCAUUUUUUUGCAAGUUUGUCUGCUCACUUUGGCACAAAAGUCAGCACCGCCCGUUUUAUCGUCAAAUGUAAAACCGAAUAUUCCACUUCGAACAAAUAAUGAUCAAAGUGCCUUAGUGGAAAGUCAGAUUAAAAUAGCAGAAGGUACAGAAAGCUUUGCUCUCGAGCUUUGGAAACAUAUGUCCGACGCACAUUUGGAAGACCCCAAAAAAAGUUAUAUGAUAUCCCCAUUUGCCGUUUGGUCUCUACUCCUGCUUUUGGCCGAAGGAGCUGGUGGCAAUACACUUACAGAAUUUCGAAAUACUUUACACUUGAGCAAUGACCAGCAGGCCUUACGGAUGGCUUAUAAACAAAUUGCUCAGAAACUGAAAGUUAACACCAACACCAUAGAGGUAGCUUCUUUCCAAGCACUUUUCACUGACAUCAAUAAACCGGUUAAUCGAGAUUAUGAAAGCCUUGUCACCCGUGUUUAUGAAUCAGCCUUAAUACCAGUACAUUUCAGUGAAGUUAAUAGCACCUUUGCACAAAUUAAUGCUGAUAUUAAUCGAGCUACCAGAGGUUUACUGCCGCACAGUGUUACACCCCAAGACUUUAAAGAUGCCGCGCUAUUGAUGAUUUCAGCUUUGUAUUUCAAGGGCAAAUGGAAGUACCCUUUCAAGUCGGAUCAAACCAUUACGGCUCCUUUCCACGAUGAACAAGAACAUGUUUUGGGCAAUGUGCAAAUGAUGACUCAAAUAGGUCCCUUCAAUUACAUCAGCAUGAAGUCGCUGGAGAGUUAUAUUUUGGAACUUCCGUAUGGAAAAGAGGAUCGUCUUUCUAUGCUGAUAGUGUUGCCUAGGAAAUCUGUGAGCCUGAAUAAAGUUGUUGGAAAUUUACGCACUGUUGGAGUUAAGCCUUUAAUUCAAGAAUUGGAAAAAAUGGCGGCAAUCAACGAAAAUGACGACAUUCAAGAUCAAGUGGAAGUAUUUCUACCCAGGUUCAGUACAACUUCUCAUUUUACUUUGCGACCAAUUCUAACAAAAAUGGGUAUUGUAGAUGCGUUUGAACCCGAUCUGGCUAAUUUCGACAAUAUGGCUAAAAACAUCUAUGUCGGCAAAAUAUUCCAGUCAACACGAAUCAUAGUUAAUGAAGAAGGCACAGAAGCAGCGGCUGUGACCACUGCAGUGUUGGUCAAUAAAGCAUCUCCCACUAAAUUCUAUUUAGAUCGUCCAUUUGCCUAUAUGAUAGUAGAGAAAAAAUCGGGACUACUAUUGUUUGCAGGCGAAGUUAGGUCGCAUGAGUUUAGCUAAGUCCCAGGAUAAUAAAGUUGUCUAUUAUGUAUUGGAUUAAUACGAUGCUUAUUAAAUUCCUCUAGUUCCUCGAUGGGAUACUCUCGGAAAAUAUUCUAAGUAGAUUUUUAAGAACAUUUAAUAAAAAAGGUAACUUUUUCGAUUCGAUA